AGACUGAAUCAUCAGUACACCCCGAAACCGUUUCGAAGCUUCCAUUACCAUUACGUAAUCCAUAGAAGCUUCCAUUGUAUUCUCCAGGUGGAAGAGUAACAGAUUUCGUCAACGAGAAUAGGAAAAGGAAGAACCCAAUUAGGGUUUCUGUGAUCCAAUACAUGAUCAGAUUCUUCUGCGGCCAGAUUUCCGGUCCCGGUUCAGGAAACGAACAGAGUUUCUAAUUCCUUCGUUCUUCUUAGGCUAUGGAUUUUGACGGAGGGCACAAGCGUGUCUUCAGUCGACUUGGGGGCCCUUCGGGGGCAGCAGCAGCAGCAGCAGACAAAAAUCAGAGAGUGUGUAGUUUUUGGAAGUCCGGGAAGUGCAACAGAUUUCCCUGCCCAUUCUUGCACCGCGAACUGCCUGCUUCCGGCCCUGCCACCACCAACGGAUCGGGGGGAGCAAAGCGGUUUGCCGAUGACCGGGGGUUCUCGGGGCCAACUUCUCGACGGGAUCCCAACUUUAAUAGUCAUAAUAAUAGUUGGGGAAGGGUGGGGGGUAAUAAGGUGGUUCGAAAGACGGAGAAACUGUGUAAUUAUUUUGUACAAGGGAGCUGUGAUUACGGGGAUAAGUGUAGGUUUUUGCAUUCUUGGAGUUUGGGGGAGGGUUUUUCAAUGUUGACCCAGCUUGAAGGGCACCAGAAAGUCGUUAUUGGAAUUGCCCUUCCAUCAGGGUCUGAUAAACUUUACACCGGGAGUAAAGAUGAGACUGUGAGGGUCUGGGAUUGUGCAUCUGGUCAGACUGAACUAGAGUCACUUGUAAAUAGGAAGUGCUGUGUGCGUUUGAGUCUCGAAGUUUUCCGUGGCAAAUAUCAUUUAGAAACCAGACUCUUAAAUUUGUUAGAAGCAUACAAAGGCCCUUGGAUGGUUAUUCUGUGUGUGGCUGUAGUUAAUCUUGGUGGUGAAGUAGGUUGCAUUAUUAGUGAAGGCCCUUGGUUGUUUGUUGGCAUGCCAAAUUUUGUUAAGGCAUGGAAUACUCAGACUAAUGCUGACCUUAGCCUUAGUGGACCUGUUGGGCAAGUAUAUGCUUUGGCCAUUGGUAAUGAUUUGCUCUUUGCUGGUACACAGGAUGGGACAAUUUUAGCAUGGAAAUUUAAUGUUGCCACCAACUGCUUUGAACCAGCAGCAUCUCUUAAAGGUCACACCCUAGCAGUUGUUUCUUUAGUUGUUGGGGGAAGUAGGCUGUACUCUGGCUCUAUGGAUCAUUCUAUAAGGGUUUGGAGCCUUGAAACUUUGCAGUGUUUACAGACAUUGACAGAGCAUACUUCAGUUGUUAUGUCACUUCUUUGCUGGGAGCAAUUUCUAUUAUCAUGUUCACUGGACCAAACUAUAAAGGUGUGGAUGGCUGCAGAAAGUGGAAAUUUGGAAGUAACUUAUACUCACAAUGAAGAACAUGGCCUGCUUACCCUAUGCGGAACACCCGACUUGGAAGGCAAACCAGUCUUGCUAUGUGCAUGCAAUGACAACUCUGUCCGACUUUAUGAUUUGCCAUCGUUUUCAGAGAGGGGCAAAAUUUUUGCUAAACAGGAGAUUCGCGCCAUUGAAGUGGGACCUGGUGGCUUGUUUUUCACCGGUGAUGGAACAGGCCAAGUUAGAGUAUGGAAGUGGUCAGUGGAAUCAGCUACCACAUCCUGAUUCAGAGCAAAAUUUUACAACAUAGGCAUCCAUUUGUAUUUUUGUUCCCCGAUUAUUCUAUUUCUUUUCCAUCAUUCUCGAGUUGUUUCAUGUUUGAGAAGAGCCAAUUUUGGUUUCCUAGCCGUUAGCCAUACGUGUUCUUACUUCUUAGCCCCCGGGAAAGCUCCCAUGUCAUCUUACUGUUUCAUUGGGAAAGACCAUAUGCUGAAACAAAAAUAAUUUUUUUUC